AAACAAUAACAAAUCAAAAAAUCGUAACGUGAUAAUGGUAACAGAUUCAGAUUAUUACAGACUGAUUAGACUUUAAUCAGAAUUAGGUAUUCAUUUGAAACUUAUUUUCGUGACUUGUUCAUCGUACUUUUAAAACCGAAGCCGAUAUCUGCUUAUUAUGGUAUUUUAGAUCACUUGAUGGAAUGCUCUAUCCCUCUGACCUGCAGCUGCGCCAUGGAAUUAGAUCAAUCAUCGGACGAACUGAUAAGGAUCUCCUCAAUAUUCAAUGCAGCCAUCGAGAACAAUGACCUUGACACCGUUCACAAACUCUUGAAAACCGGUUUGAAUCCAAAUAACCCCUUCACCGCCAACUGCGUCCGACAUGCCACCGUCAAGAACAAUCUAGAUUUAGUUAAACUUUUAGUCGAAUACAAUGCGGACGUCAACAGCAAUGCUUACAUUGACACUGCACUUUGUGUUGCUGUAGAAAAUGGAUUCUCUAGCAUUGUGGAGUUUUUGGUAUCCUGUGGAGCGGACACGCAAGAUACCAAUUCCUCUGGACUCUGUUUUUUGCACACAGCAGUUCAGUCGUUGAAACCAAUUUUACACACCUCAAAGCAAAACCGGAUCCCGUCACAAGACCACCUGUGCUCUGUGGGAAAAGAGUAUAAGUUUUUUAGGAUUUUAAAAUGUUUGUUGGAAAAAGACAGCAGUCAAAUUAACGACAAGUGCGGAGGUAAAACUCUUUUGUGUUUGCUGACCGCUGAUUUGUACAAUGCACGAGCUGUUUUGCCCUUUAUAAAGCUUCUGCUUAAUCAUGGUGCGGAUGUAAAUGUUCCUUCAGGUCGCCUGACACCCUUGUUCUAUGCCACAAAGCUAUGCCAAGACGAAUUGGUAAAAUUGUUUUUAGAAUUUGGAGCCAAAGUCGAUGUAAGACUAUAUAAUAAUAAUAAAAUGAAUAUUUUACACUAUGCAAUAAAAAAGAAUAGAUUUUCAACAGUGAAGCUCAUUAUGGACUGCAUGAACUUAGACAUUAACUCAGAAAGGUAUUACUACCAUGCCCUCCCCUUACUUCAUUAUACGGUGAAAAAAGGAUGUCCUGGUAUAUUGAGAUCAUUUCUCCUCUCAGGUGGAGACAUAACAGUUAGGGAUAAAAACGGUCGAUCCAUACUUGAAAAUUACAUGAAUGUCCGCAAGUGUCGAAAACAAUCGCUCAAAAUGAAUCAGUGUCUCAGGUUAAUUAUUUUUUUUAUGGUUACUGAAAGACAUCGCAAUAAAUACGACUUUACAGACAGUGAAUUAAGAAGUUUGUACAGUGAUUGGUGUUCAUUUAGGUAUUUAGAUAAAGCGUUCGAAAUCGGACUGAUAGGUAAAGUAAACGAUAGGUUACCCGUUACCUACCUCCACAUUAUUUAUGCAAGUGACUCAGAAUUGGCAAUGCUUGUCAGGAAGUAUUCUCUUAGUAGUGAAUUUUCUCAAGAUAUUUUUCCAAAAGAAUGUAAUAUGUUUUUAGAUGUGUUUGAAGAACUCAUCAACAAAGGAAAAAAACGCCUUGAGAUCUUGAACAAAACAAAGGCCUUGGAAAGAGCAGGGUAUUUUCUAUCGCCCAUUGCCCCACUAAAUAUUCUCUGUGUCGAAAACAUUGUUAAAUUUUUGAAUAAUGUUGAUUUGAAAAAUCUUCUAAGAGCUAGCAAAAGGAGAACUUUUUACCCAACCAUAUGAGUCUUCACUAGUUACUAAUUACCAAUUGAUUAUUUCAAAUAUCCGCUUUUAUUUUAAUUUUCUUUUUUUCUCAUUGGAAAAGCCAACAAACUUCUACGCUCAAAAUUUAUGGGAAGUACUCAGUAUUGGACAGUAUCGAAACAAAUAUUACAUCCGCAUUCAAGAAAUUAUUAUAUUUUUCUUACCAUAGAAUAAAUUGUGGCCCAAGAUUUGCUAAGAAAGGAAAUGUUUUUAUCCUUUUGCAUAAAUAUUAACGUAUGAAACAUUGCUGGUAAGGAGCAUAAGUCUUGAAAAUUUACCUCUAAUCUAUUUUCUGAGAAGAAGAACAAAGUAACAGUUAUGCUUAAAAUUUUUGUAGAAUUCUGCCCUGUAGAUACUAGGAAUCUCUAAAAUUUUAGUGCUACUGCCGAAAAGUUUUCAGUUCAACAAUUAAUUAAAAGUACGGUAGGUCGCAAACUGAAAUAUCUGUUAAAAGGUUGUGGUCAGUGAUCUUCUCGAACGAAAGUGUUAAAAUGAUAUAGCACAACAUGCUUAAUUUCUGACAUUAUAAAGGAUAAAUGAAAGAAUUCUAGGAAUGUCUUACUGCUCCUGUUACCCCACCCGAGUCUCAAUUGCUUUAAAGGCGGUUUAAAGGUUUUGUCGUUAAUCAGAAGUUCUGUAAUUUUUGUCUUGCCUUUUGAAUCCCUUCUUUCCUUGUUUUGUUUGUUGUCAAAGUUGUAAUUUACAUCACAUGUUGCAGUUUCUUUUUGUCUGAGGUACAACCAUAACUCAAAAUCUCAACAUCAAAAAUUCUUCUAAGUUUUCAUGUGACUGUUACUUGAAUUCCAUCCUUGUCACCAAAGAAAUUAAAUUACAACCAUGAGUACCUGCGUUUUUUAAAGUACUAUAA